CUGGCUGGCUGCCAAUUCCUUCUUUUCCACCUCUGUUUCACUCUUUCUUCUCCAUAAAUACUUCGCCGGAACACAUACAAAAUUCAGGGAAUUUCAGAAGCACUGAUCAACGGCCUCCAAUGGGGAAAAACGAUAAAGCAGGAUUGGGAAGAGCCCUAGUGAAACAUCACAACCAUAUGAUUCAAGAGUCUAAGGAAAAGGGUCAGCUUUAUUAUAAACAGCACAAGAAGGUCCUUGAAUCCAUCACCGACGUCAACGAUAUUGACGCCGUUAUCCAACAAGCCGACGAGGCUGUGCGUCUCUUCUCUGCCGAUAACCCCACCGCCGUCAACACCCUUAUUGAUUUAGAGUCCGGUUCUAGUACCAGUGAUAUGACUCCUGAGGAAAGGAGAAAGCAUCAAAAGGAAGAGGAGGCUUUGCAUGCUAGUAGUCUUAGUGUUCCAAGGAGACCAACAUGGAAUGCCAAAAUGUCAGUUGAAGAGCUUGAUGCCAAUGAAAGGCGUUCGUUUUUAGUUUGGAGGCGUAGCCUUGCAAGGCUUGAGGAGAAUGAUACUCUUGUUCUUACACCAUUUGAGAAGAAUCUGGAUAUAUGGAGACAACUAUGGAGGGUUGUUGAACGUAGCGAUCUGCUGGUCAUGGUUGUUGAUGCACGAGAUCCACUCUUUUAUCGUUGUCCUGACCUUGAGGCAUAUGCUAGAGAAAUAGAUGAGCAUAAAAGGACACUGCUCUUGAUCAACAAGGCGGAUCUUUUACCGUAUUCCGUUAGACUGAAAUGGGCUAAAUACUUCCGGCUUCAUGCUAUUCUUUACGUCUUUUGGUCAGCUAAAGUUGCAACUACGGAAUUGGAAGGCAAAACACAUGUUUCUUCUUUAGAAACCAAUGGUAUCAUUGAUGAUGAGAUCAAAAUAUAUGGCAGGGAGGAACUAUUGGCUCGUCUACAGUCAGAAGCAGAAGAAAUUGUUCUAAUGAGGACCAACUCACGCUCCAAUCGUAUGGAAAAUCCGUAUCGAGAAUCAUCUGUUGGUGCAAAAUCCGAACACGUAACCGUGGGAUUCGUGGGUUAUCCAAAUGUCGGAAAGAGCUCGACGAUUAACGCUUUGGUUGGUGCCAAACGGACGGGCGUGACUUCUACUCCUGGAAAAACCAAGCACUUUCAGACACUGAUAAUUACUGAAAAGCUUACUUUGUGUGAUUGUCCUGGAUUGGUGUUUCCAUCGUUCACGAGCUCGAGAUACCAGAUGAUUGCAUCAGGGGUUUUGCCGAUUCACCGAAUGACCGAGCACCGGGAAGCCGUACAGGUGGUUGCCGACCGAGUACCAAGACAUGUCGUCGAGGGUAUUUACAACAUCACACUGCCGAAACCGAAGCCGUACGAGCCAGAAAACCGACCGCCGCUGGCAUCGGAACUUUUGAGGGCGUAUUGUGCAUCUCGUGGCUAUGUGGCCUCAAGUGGACUACCCGAUGAAACGAAAGCCGCUCGUCAAAUUCUGAAAGAUUACAUCGAAGGAAAGCUGCCACAUUACCAAAUGCCGCCGGACAUGUCAGACGACGAAGCUGACGAACCCGGUUCCGAUGCUAGCGGAACCGAUGAAUCGGAUUCUUGUGUGGAAACCAAAGAAGAACGAGAAGGUGGAGCAAGGCUAGAGGAGGUGUUGGAUGACCUUAAUUCUUUCGAUAUGGCUAAUGGGUUAGGUUCGAGUAAAGGGGUAUCAGGUGCUAGGAAAAAGGCAGGUCCGGCUUCGGGUUCGAGUUCUGUUGCAGCUCAUAAACAGCACAAGAAGCCACAGAGGAAGAAGGACCGAGCAUGGAGAGUGAAAGACGAUGGAACCGAUGGGAUGCCGGUGGUUCGGGUGUUUCAGAAACAGGUUAACACCGGUUCUGUUAUGCCUACUUAAAACACACAGAUGGUUGCAGGCUGUGAUCAUCAUAAGUUGAUUGUAUUUUAAUUAUUGUUACGAAUGGAUUGUGUGUUCUGGGCGAUGUUUAGACAGAUGAAAUAUAAGAAUAUUGUUGGUAAACGUAAUUUUAACGAAACGGAUGUGGUCGAUAAU